AUGCUCACCCGGGACCCACCUGCCAACCGUACCAUCCUGCGUUCGUCACCAGUGGCAGUUUCUAGCCUGGCAGUGGAAAGAGACGAGGGGGCAGGGAGCCAUCAGCUGGCGAGGCGGGCAGCCACCAAGGGGCCCCGCGUCUGGAUGAAAGAGCCUGAUGAAGUUGAGGCCGCGGAGCUCGGCGGUGUGAAAUCCAAGUGA